UUUCCACUCAUGUAAACUUUGGAGUUUGGAAAAUGUGAUCGUGCAGGAGAACGUAAACAUAGUGUUUUGAAAGUGUUAUGUGAUCAGAGGAUGGAAUUAUUUGGUGCUUUGUUCUUUUUGGCCAAAUGUUUAGCUGUUACAUAUGGGUUUCAGUCAGGAGUAGACUAUGAUGGAGUAUUAAAUGUGAAACUGCGCCAUGCUCUUGAUCACGUUCCUAGCCCAGAGUUCACUGAUCGUGGUGCAAUAACGAUACAGAGCAUACGAACUGGAGCUGUUUCAGCACAACAGAUUUCCCUUUCUGCAUUUGACAGACAGAAAUUGAAGCACCUGGCAGAAAAAGACGGCUUGUAUAGGAUUAAUGCAACCGUUCGGACUGUGGAUGGAAAGGAAAUUUCAUUUUUGACAUUUGUGAAAGCUUGCUCUCUGGUGGAGUCGGGGCUCUCAGAUAUACUAACGGUCUCACUGGACCAUACAGGAAUGCCUGUUGCUGUGACAGCAAGUACUAUAUCAGAUGGGUGCCAUGGAGACCUAGAAAUUAUUGAAGAUCUACGCAACUUUAACACCAGUGUAUUUGUCAAGCACAUGGAACAGGGACCUGUGCCUGAUACUGCUACCUACAUACAGAAAUUGGAGAAAGAGAAAGAAGCAAGAGAAAGAGGUGAAACACAAGACAACCGCUCUUUCCUAGCAAAAUAUUGGAUGUACAUAGUCCCAGUGGUGAUCUUUGUGCUGCUGUCUGGUGCUGCUAACCCUGAAGGUGCUGCUGGCGGAGGGGGAGGUGGUGGGGGUGGCGGCGGUGGUGGCGCUGGCAGGUAGAUAGCUCAGGUGCAACUUAAUCGCCUGCUCCACUGCCUGGUUACAGCUGGACUAACAGUUCACUGGCUUAUGCUGUAUUCGCUUUACCUGACGUUGUACAAUAUGGUUCCGUUUCGUUCCUUAAAGUGGGCUUUUAUCAGUGGCUCACAAGUAAACUAUUUAUGAACAUUUAAUGAAUGUUGUGAAAUCACAUUGAGUAAAACUGUUGAUACUUUUUAUCUUUGCACACUGUCAUAUUACAUUGAAUAUGAUGUUCUAUUAUUAUGUGCUCAGGUUUUCGAUGUAUGAUUGUGGUUCUCACUUAUGCCGUCUAAUAGCAAUACCAUAACUGGUGUAGGCUUGUUGCUGCAGAACAUUGUUGAAUGCUUAGGCUGAGACAAAAUGUGACUUUUUCUAUAUUUAAUAAUUUAGAAUGAAAAUAUUUAUUGCACUGUUACUGAAAAUAUAUUUAAAAUUGCAAAUUUGAAUAUUGUUGUGUUGUAUAUGAUUAGGAGUAGAGAAAAUAAAACUGAGCUAUUGAUUUCACCCAAAAGUGCAGAUAUAUUAGAGGGUAAUUACUAAAGCUGGUCAUGUUUUAGUAACUGCCCAGUACUCUUAGUAUAUUGAAAAAAUAUGGUUGUUGCUUACACUCUGGAAGUGGAUGGAUGUUUAUUGUAUUUCAUAAAUAACAUUCGUACAAUUAUAUGUUGCAUAAUUUAAGAAUUGUGCAUUCCAAAGACAACAUGCGAUUCCUCCCUGCCCUCCCCCCAUUCUCUCUCUCUCUCUCUCUCUCUCUCUCUCUCUCUCUCUCUCUCUCUCUCUCCCCCCCCCCCCCCUCCCUCUCACCCUCCCUCCCUACCUUCCCCCUCUCCAUCCCUCCCCUUUCCAUGGCCUGGAAGCUCGACUUCGUAGUCGUUACGGAUAUCUUUAAUUUAAUUACCCCCAUCUCUUCAGCUCUGAUAUUUGCGCAUUUGAUAUUACUGCCGUAACAUGUUUGUUUUGUUACUGCUUCAUGCUUGCACUGAAGUAUCAUUUUAGGCAUUGCAUGGUAUGGUGAUUUUUGUCGGUGCAAUAUGGGAUUUAAAAAUUAAUUCAUUAUUGGCAAGUGUAAAUGAUGACUUGAAAUUCUAUUCAAGUUUCAUUCUUACAAAAGUUCGUUCAAGAACGCAAGAGUUUGAUUUUAGGGAAAAGGUAUCUGGUAUCUCAGUCUUGUUUUUCUGAGGUCACAGUUUGCAUAUGUGUUUACAAUUAGUAGAAUAUUUCUUAAUUGAAUUUGGGAAUUUUGCAGCAAGUGCCUGCAGUGGCUUUUUUAAAGGGCUUUGCAUGUGGAAAGUACAAUAAUCAAUAUUAUACAUGUUCUCAAGCUCAGUUCUAUAUUUGUAGAAGUGCUGCUUUUUUAAAGUUGCUCACAGUCAGUUGCCUGAAUGAAAUUAAUGUGUUUACUACUGACUGUAAUUCAUAAAUGUGAACAAUUGUCUUUUUAUUAAUAUGACAAACAAUUGUCAAUGUUUAGUAUGUCCAAAGCCCUCUUUAAAGAUGUGAAUGAACUUUGUGGUCAUGCUCAGUAGAUUAAGUGAAUACUUGUGACUUCACACUAAUUCCUGAGCAACAUUCUGUAGCAUUACAUAUUAAAAGUGUUUAAAAAAAUGACGUAAUAAGUAAGCGCAUUUUGUGUGUAAUAUAUGAAUGUUAGGUAAAAAUGUUGUCCUUUAUUUAUUUUGAUGGUUAACUGUUUACUAAAAUAAAAGAAAUAUAUGUACGCCUGUUUUAUUAAAAGUGUUAUGAAUUCAGACAGAAAAUUCUGAGGAUGCCAGGAAGUAUACACUGUAAAAACAGAGGCCAAGACACUGUAGUUUCAGCUGUGGCCAUUUUCUUGUGUAUUAAAAUUGCUCUUUCUGUGGAA